AUGACUAUGUACUCGUAUUUACCUACAGGGUGUCAGUACGCAACCAGCAGUCCCGUGACCGUCACGGAGUACGAGUACGUACGCGAGGCGGACGCGUGGCUGCGCCUGCACAUCGUGCCCGCUGCCUGGUCAGACGCCGCCGUGCACUGCCAACUCGAAGAUGGUGUGUUGGCAUCUCCCACGUCCAGCGCAAUUGCGUGGACGAUGCUGAACGUGAUGGACAAGCACAAACUGGCUUUGAACAGCGUGUUCAUCGGAGCAACGAGCCUAUUAUCCAAAGGAAACUUUAAAUCGUUGGACGGAGAGAAUCUCGCUGACAGCUUGGAGUGGGCCUGGGGUGAGCCGGACAAUGCCGACGACGCCGAGGACUGCCUGGCGCUGACCGGCGCGGGCACGCUGGCCGACGUCAACUGCGCUAGAGUGCUGCCCUACUUUUGCCGCAAGACCGUCCACAACUGCUCCUCCGACAAUGAAAUCACAAGUCCCACACCUGAGCUGGGAACAUGCAACGAUCGGUCUGACUACAAAUGGGAGGCCAGCACCAGCAGCUGCUACAAGUUCCACGGCGUAUCGAAACAAUGGCGCCUCGCCCUGGCCACGUGCCACGCCGAGGGCGGACAUCUGGCCGUCAUCAACAGCGACACCGAGUCGGCUGUUCUCAAGAACCUUUACAAUAACAACACAGACACAAUCACCGGUGCGGAUCAAGCAAAACAUGCAUUAAUUGGCUUCAGCAAAUAUGAUGAUGGCGCGUGGGCAACUGUAUUUGGCGAGACGCUCACCGAGGCCGGAUUCGCGAACUGGGACGAAGGCGAGCCAAGCAACGGCAAUGGAGCAGGGAACGAAUACUGUGGCUCCAUGCACAUUAACGGGCUGCUCAAUGAUGCUUCCUGCUCCAAGAACUCGCCGUUCAUUUGCGAAAAUACCCCUUCUAAGUUUUAAUUAUUACUUGUUUACAAAUGUCCUAUAAACUUAAAUAAUUUUGUGAUAUAUGUAUAUAUACGAUGGAUCUAUAUCUGAAUCCCUAAAGUGUUUUCUCCUAUCUUUGCAUUCCCUACUAUUGUUUGUCAUAAUGAUCAGUUGUCCAAACACUAAAAACCCUAAUUUUGUUUUCCCUUAUGAUUGAUUACUCAUCCUAAUGUUAUAAAGCAUAUUUUCUUUUUUGCGAGGGUCACAGUUCUUAACCCUAAGCUAACAGUAAGUUCUAAAAACUAACCAUUUUUCAGAACCUUACAUUAUGGAAAAUAAUCGUUAUGACAAUUGAUCGUUAGGGCAUGUGCCCAUUAGGACAAACCAGUUAGGGCAAGUGACUUUAGGACAAACGUUGUUAGGGAUUCAGAAUACCCAUAGGUAUAGGAUGUGGG